AUGGUGGCUCGAGACUUUGAAACGAUCCUAAAGGGGAAGUAUCCUGGCAAAGCGCAUGCCAGAAAAGCUGUUGGCUUGCUAUCGGAUAUAAUAUGUGGUGCUCGUGGAGCCAUCUAUCUGGCGGGCUGUCCAACCAAGCUUCUCGAGGACAGUGACGAAGCUGAGCCUUUCCGUCAACGUCGACACUUCUUCUACCUAACAGGCUGUAACCUUCCUGACUGCCACUUUAUCUAUGACAUCCAAGGAGAAAGGUCGAUUCUCUUCAUCCCGCCUAUCGAUGCCGACGAGGUCAUAUGGUGUGGCUUGCCGAUGAGCAUUGAGGAGGCGUUGAAGGAGUACGAUGUGGACGAAGUGAGAUAUAAUACCGAGAUCGCCUCAACUUUGCAAAAGUUGAGUGCUACCUACUCCUCCUCGACUAUCUUUACCAUCGCAGAUCAGUAUCCGCAACAUCUGACGUUCGAGGGGUUCGCCAAUAAUGACGCAAUUACCAUCAAGAGAGUCCUUGACAUCGCGCGUGUUGUCAAGGAUGAGUAUGAGGUAUCCAUGAUUCGCAAGGCAAAUCACAUUUCUGGUCUGGCCCACGAGUCUGUUAUGCAGCAAACAAAUACGGCUUGCAACGAGAUGGAGCUGGAAGCAGUGUUCUUAGGAUGUUGUACCUCCAAGGGUGCGAAGAAGAUGGCAUAUCCUCCCAUCUUCGCAGGUGGACGUGCAGCCGCGACUCUCCAUUACGAGGUCAAUAACGCACCACUGGUGAAAAAGCUAAAUAUUCUUGUUGAUGCUGGUGCUGAGUGGGAGAAUUAUGCAUCUGACAUUACCAGAACAUAUCCAUUGUCCGGAAAGUUCUCACACGAGUCCCGUGCCAUCUACAAUAUCGUACUUCGAAUGCAAAAGGAGUGCAUAGCCAUGAUUAAGGAGGGUGUGAACUGGGACGACUUGCAUAUGCUCGCCCAUGAAGUUGUCAUUGAAGGCCUGCUGGCGAUAGGAAUCUUGAAAGGCGACAAAGCAACACUCCUUGAAAGUCAGACCAGUAUGGCAUUCUUUCCACACGGACUUGGUCACUAUCUCGGAUUGCAUACCCAUGAUGUAGGAGGAAACCCAGGUCAGCAGCAGAGUGCCGGCUAUUUCCGCUAUUUGAGAAAGCGUGGGCCUCUUCCAGCUGGUGCCGUGAUCACAGUUGAACCAGGAAAGAUUUACUUCUGCAGAACAAUUAUCGAGCCCUAUCUCCAAGAUCCGAAGCACAGCAAGUAUAUAGACUCCCAUACCUUGGAAAGGUACUGGGGUGUAGGUGGAGUUCGCAUUGAGGAUAAUGUGCUAGUUACCGUUAAUGGGUAUGAGAAUCUGACAAAUGUAAUCAAAGAAGUCGACGAGCUUGAGUCAUUGAUAUCCUCAAGAUGUUAA